GAUGCUACACACCCUCUGUUCAUUUGCUUAAUAAUCUCCAAGAGAGCAGCACACACGUUUUUACUGCAGAGCUACAGGAACUUAGGGCGAUAUAUACCAUGUAUGGUGAAAAAGAUCAAGGGAUGGGAGCUCCACCCCAACAGCCAGGAGUGGGAGCAAGCUACAUGGCGCCACCCCCUUAUGGAAUGAACCCCCAACCUGCAGUUAUUGUUGCACCAGUACACUCCACCGUUGUAAUCGGGACUUCGUUCCAAGAUACCCCAGUAUCCUGUUCAUGCCCUAUAUGUCGCCAGAACAUUGUGACAAGAACUGAAUAUAAUACUGGCUUGCUCGCUUGGCUAAUCUUUGGAAUCUUGUGUCUUUUAGGGUGCUGGCUAGGAUGCUGUUUAAUCCCAUUUUGCGUUGACUCCUGCAAGGAUGUGGAUCAUUUCUGCCCAAACUGCAACCAUCAUCUACACAAGUACAAAAGACUGUGAAGAAAAUACAUUGAUUUACAAAAAAAAGUUGAUUCUCUUUUCUUUAAAUUGUUACUAUUGUCUGUCCUAUAUACUGAGUUAUACAUCAUAACCCGUGUACCCAAAAACAUAUUUACUUUAUCUAUGAUUGUUUCUUGCUAUGUUGGGAAAUCAGUAUUUUUAUACAAAUUAUUUGAGUCCUGAAUUUGUUUUUCAAAAAUAUUGUAUAUUAUCUUAAAACUGUAUACAAUUUUUUAUAUAUUAGAUUUUGUUAAAUGCAAUGGUUAAAUAAAAUAUACUUUUCGUAAAAA